AUGUCAUCUUCCAUGGUAGUGAUCGGUCUAGGGGAGCUCGGAGCAGAAGUCGUCAAAAGCCUCGCCACCCACCCACAAAGAUGCAACACACAACUCGCACUCGACGCCUGGAAAGCUGAAGCUGUCAUUGGCGAUGUCGUCCAGGACUCGCAAGAGAAUCUGACCAAGAUCUUUGCCGACUACGACACUGUCAUUUGCUGCACCGGCAUGUACGCACCUCCCGAGACACAGAUGAAAAUCGUCAAAGCAGCACUCGCCGCCGGCGUCAAGAGGUACUUCCCAUGGCAGUUCGGCAUCAACUACAAUGCUGUUGGACGCAACAGCUCGCAGGACCUCUCCGACAGUCAACUAGACGUGCGAGGGCUACUUCGUGGCCAGUCAAAGACCGCUUGGGUGAUCGUGUCGACGGGCAUGUUCAUAUCGUUCUUGUUCGAGCCAGCGUUUGGCCUGGUCAAUGCGGAGCGUAGUGUGGUGACGGGUAUUGGCAGCUGGGAGAACGAGAUUACUCUCGCGCUGGUGUGUCCCGACGCUCAGAGCGUUGCCUAUAUUGCUGGUGACACGAUAUCGAUGAGUCGAUUGGCGGAUGUUGUGGAGAAGGUUAUUGGCAGGCAGGUCGCCCGGAAGCUCAAGACGGUUCCUGGUCUGAAAGCUGAGCUUGCUGAAGACCCUUCGGAUGGGAUGCGGAAGUACCGAGUUGUGUUUGGCGAGGGUAAGGGUGUAGCGUGGAGUAAGGAGAAGUCGUUCAAUGGCGUGCAUGGCAUCCCCACUCAGACUGUCGAGGCAUGGGCAACGCAGAACAUGAAAUAG